UACAAUUAGAAAUUAGGGAAGUCAUAUUAGCUAGCCAUGACUUUGAUAUGGGAAACACUAGUAGUAGUUUGUAUUGUGUAUGCCUUGUAUGAGUUCCUAAAUAUCCACAAGAGAAAAAAGUUUCCUCAUGGUCCAACGGGAAUCCCCAUUUUAGGACAUCUUCAUUUGUUAGGGAAAAAACCACACCAUGAUUUACAAAACCUAGCAAAAAAAUAUGGUCCAUUUUUCUAUAUUAGACUAGGACUAAUACCUACAUAUAUUGCAUCGUCUGUCGAUACAGCCGAAAAAUUCCUCAAAACUUAUGAUCAUAUCUUUGCUACGAGGCCUUAUAACGAGGCAGCUAAAUAUUUGUCAUAUGGUCAUAAGAAUUUGGUAUUUGCAAGGUAUGGACCAUAUUGGCGCAACAUGCGCAAAUUGGUCACUCUAGACCUUUUAACUCAUCAAAAGAUGAAUUCAUUUCAAUCCGUGAGAACACAACAAGUUGAUCUUAUGAUCAACUCGCUUAAAAAUGAUGGUGGUUGUGUUGUUGAUCUUAGUGCAAAAGUUGCAAAGUUGAGUGCUGACAUAACUUGUACGAUGGUGUUUGGAAAGAAGUACAUGGAUGAAGAAUUGGACAAGAGGGGAUUCAAAGGUAUACUUCAAGAAGUUGUGCAUUUAGGUGCAACACCAAAUCUUGGAGAUUUUUUCCCCUUCCUUGGUGUAAUUGAUCUCCAAGGAAUCACGCGCAAACUUAAGGAACUUUCAAAGGUGUUUGAUGGAUUUCUUGAGAAGAUAAUCGAUGAACAUGAACAGUCUCGUGACCAAAAGCAAUCAAAAGACUUAGUGGACACGAUGUUAGACAUUAUGCAUUCAGGAGAGACAGAGUUUCAGUUUGAUCGUACCAAUAUAAAAGCUAUUCUCAUCGACAUGCUUGUUGCAGCAAUCGAUACUUCAGCAACAUCGGUAGAUUGGACAGUAACAGAGCUUCUUCGACAUCCUCAUGUGAUGAAAAAACUCCAAAAGGAGUUGGAACAAGUGGUAGGACUUGAAAGAAUGGUAAAAGAGUCAGACUUGGAGAAGUUGAACUACUUAGAUAUGGUUGUGAAAGAGGGAAUGAGGCUGCAUUCCGUUGUACCAAUAACGCAACGUGAGGCCAUGGAAGAUUGUGUCGUUGAUGGCUACCAUAUACGAAAGGGAUCACGAAUCAUGAUAAAUCAUUAUGCAAUUCAAAGGGAUCCAAAUGUUUGGCCCGAGCCUGAGAAGUUUUUACCAGAGAGAUUUGUUGGAAGUAGUAUAGAUAUUCGUGGACGGGAUUUUGAACUUUUACCUUUUAGCUCUGGUAGAAGAAGUUGCCCUGCAAUCCCGCUGGGGAUCACCGUUGUCCGCCUUAUGUUGGCACAAUUGGUGCAUUGCUUUGAUUUGGAACUUCCAAAUGGUAUGCAACCUUGUGAUUUGGACGUUGAUGAGCACUUUGGGAUAGUAACAAGCAAAGAAAACCAUUUAAUGGUUGUUCCUAAAUAUCGACUAAAAGAAUGAUGAAAAUCAUUUUCGAUAUUGUAAACCUUAUCUAGGGUUUUUUACUUCAUUAGCAUUGGUGUACGUUAACGUUUUGCCCCUCUUGUUUGUACUUCUCUCUUCAAAGAAUUGUUAUUACUAAUAAAGAAAGUUGUUAGACACACGGUCUAG